GGAAACGGUCCUCCCCGGGCCAGCCCCCGCCCUCUGCGCUCGGGCGCACGCCGCCCUCCCUGACGCAUUUUGCCGCACAAGCUGUAAUAUGGCGGCAGCGGCGGCGGCCUGAACUCUGGGGAGCCCGGGUGCUUUCUGAUGCUUCCCGAUCUCUGGUUGCCUGAAACUGUAUUUUACUCAUAGACUGGAAAUUUUGGAGUCAUGGGAAUAAAAGUGCAGCGUCCUCGCUGUUUUUUUGACAUCGCCAUUAAUAAUCAACCUGCUGGAAGAGUUGUCUUUGAGCUAUUUUCUGAUGUGUGUCCAAAAACAUGCGAGAACUUUCGUUGUCUCUGUACAGGUGAAAAGGGAACAGGAAAAUCAACUCAAAAACCAUUACAUUAUAAGAGUUGCCUCUUUCACAGAGUUGUUAAGGAUUUUAUGGUCCAAGGUGGUGACUUCAGUGAAGGAAAUGGAAGAGGAGGGGAAUCUAUUUAUGGAGGAUUUUUUGAAGAUGAGAGUUUUGCUGUUAAACACAACAAAGAAUUUCUCUUGUCAAUGGCCAACAGAGGGAAGGAUACAAAUGGCUCACAGUUCUUCAUAACAACGAAACCAACUCCUCAUUUAGACGGGCAUCAUGUUGUUUUUGGACAAGUGAUUUCUGGUCAAGAAGUUGUAAGAGAGAUUGAAAAUCAGAAAACAGAUGCAGCUAGCAAGCCAUUUGCUGAAGUGCGGAUACUCAGUUGUGGAGAGCUAAUUCCCAAAUCUAAAGCAAAGAAAGAAGAAAAAAAAAGGCAUAAGUCAUCAUCGUCAUCCUCAUCAUCGUCCAGUGACUCAGAUAGUUCAAGUGAUUCUCAGUCUUCUUCAGAUUCUUCUGAUUCUGAAAGUGCUUCUGAAGAGAAAUCAAAGAAGAGGAAAAAGAAGCACAGGAAAAAUUCCCGAAAACACAAGAAAGAAAAGAAGAAGCGAAAGAAAAGCAAGAAAAGUGCAUCUAGUGAAAGUGAGGCUGAAAAUACUGAAGCACAGCCACAGUCUACUGUUCGUCCAGAAGAGAUUCCCCCUAUACCUGAAAAUAGAUUCCUAAUGAGAAAAAGUCCUCCUAAAGCUGAUGAAAAAGAAAGGAAAACCCGAGAAAGAGAGCGAGAAAGAGAGUGUAAUCCACCUAACUCCCAGCCUGCUUCAUACCAGAGGCGACUUUUAGUUACAAGGUCUGGCAGGAAAAUUAAAGGAAGAGGACCAAGGCGUUAUCGAACUCCUUCUAGAUCCAGAUCAAGGGAUCGUUUCAGACGAAGUGAAACUCCUCCACAUUGGAGGCAAGAAAUGCAGAGAGCUCAAAGAAUGAGGGUAUCAAGUGGUGAAAGAUGGAUCAAAGGGGAUAAGAGUGAGUUAAAUGAAGUAAAAGAAAAUCAAAGAAGCCCAGUUAGAGUCAAAGAGAAAAAAAUAACCGAUCACAGACAGGUGUCUGAGAGCCCAAACAGAAAAAGUGAAAAGGAAAAGAAAGUCAAAGAUCAUAAAUCUAACAGCAAAGAGAGAGACAUCAGAAGAAAUUCAGAAAAAGAUGAUAAAUAUACUAAAAACAAGGUGAAAAAAAGAGCCAAAUCUAAAAGUAGAAGUAAGAGCAAAGAGAAAUCAAAGAGUAAGGAAAAAGAUACAAAGCAUAAUAGACAUGAAGAAAAGAGGAGGUCAAGGAGUAAAGAAAGGGAUCAUGAGAACAUGAAAGAAAAAGAAAAGUCUGAUUCCAAAGGAAAAGAGCAGGAAAGGAGUAGAAGUAAAGAGAAGUCCAAACAGUUAGAAUCAAAAAGUAAUGAGCAUGAUCACAGCAAAAGUAAGGAAAAGGAUAGACGCGCUCAAUCUAGGAGUAGAGAACGUGAUUUAACUAAAAGCAAACACAGUUAUAAUAGUAGAACAAGGGAACGAAGUCGAAGUAGGGACAGGAGCAGAAGAGUGCGAUCUAGAAGCCAUGACCGAGAUCGCAGCAGGAGUAAGGAAUACCAUAGAUACAGAGAGCAGGAGUACAGGCGAAGAGGAAGGUCAAGGAGUCGUGAAAGAAGAGCAACAUCAGGAAGAUCUAGAAGUAAAGAUAGAAGGAGGAGGAGAAGAGAUUCACGGAGUUCAGAGAGAGAAGAAAGUCAAAGCAGAAAUAAAGAAAGGUACAGAAACCAAGAAAGUAAGAGUUCACACAGAAGAGAAAAUUCUGAAGGUGAGAAAAGAACGUACUCUAAAAAUCGUGAUCACAGUAGCUCAAACAAUAACAGGGGGAAAAAAGCUGAUAGAGAUCAAAGUCCAUUCUCAAAAGCAAAACAAAGUCAGGACAAUGAAUUGAAGUUCUCCACAUUGAAAAAUGUAGAGGAUGAAAAGACCAGAUCCUCGGUGGAAAAAGAAAACCAAAAAUCAAAGGGUCAAGAAAAUGACCAAGUGCAGGAUAAAAAUAAAAAAUUUGAUCAUGAUUCAAGCCCUGGAACAGAUGAAGACAAAAGUGGAUGAGUGAGUUGUGUAAACUUAUUUCCUUUCUGUCUCAAACGUUAAGUUUUAAGAGACUUGCCCGCUGAAUCUCUUUUAUGUUGUUUUCCUCUUCAUUGUUUUGGGGUUGUUUCGUGUUUUGUCUUUUUUCUUCUUUUUUUUUUUUUAAAUGUGGACUUUAUUGAGUUGAUCUUUUGAUAAUCUGCAACCUGGAUAAUUUGUACUGCUAAAGUUUUAAUAAACUUGAAAUGAGAAAAACA